AAAACAAUAUGCAGAUAGGUGGAAUUCACUUCUUCGUUAUUUGGACCGAUAAGGCGCUGUCGUUCGCCCAGCUGGGGGUUUACUUAUUUGUUUCUCCGGAUACAUUUGUUCCUUAUUGGACAAUCUUUUCUCUGUAGUCUUGCUGUGCGCGUUGAUUACUUUUAUUGAUUACAAAACAGGAAAACGGUAUAAUCACAAAGAAACUAGUAAACCGAUUUUCGGGAAGUCAAAGGAGGGUACUAAAGUCAUAGAGAUUUGGAUUGAGAAGUAAAACCUGUGAUACAGCUAAAAGGAUAUAAUACUUCAAUUCAUUAUUAGCAAAAAGACAACAGCCACACAGACGUUAGCCGAGAACGUUUUAUCGUCUGGAAAGUCAAAGUCGAGGUAAGCAAUAGUUCACAAGCGAAGCGGAUGAAAACUGGCACCUAAUCUUGGAUGACAAAAUGAUACCGCGACCGGUUCAGUGAAUGGCACUUAGCUAAACAAACAAUAGAGAACUCAUUGGUAUCCUCAAAGAUUUGUCAAAGUGAAUCGCUAACAAGCAAGGUAAAUUAAAGGACACCUCCACUCGAGGCAAUCAGCGCUUGGAAAAUUUGUUCGCUUCCCGUGAAAGAAUAUUGGAUGAAAAUUGGGCUGAAGAAUGACAGGGAAGUGUUUUUAAUCGUGAAACGGAAGCGAAUGAUUGGUUCACACAAUAGCGAAGGGACAUUAACAGAUUGAAGGCAUCUUUUCGAUCAAAAAGACAAAUUCUCCAACGAAGGACAAAGUUGAGAGAGGACACUUCUUAAAUAAAACACUCAAAUCCACUUCUUUGCGGCUCAAUCGUUUUAAUCUGCGGGUUGAGAAAACCUCAAAUUCAUUGUAACAGAAGCAUGAAUAAUUCAAGCACAGCAGCUGAAUUAGCUGAUCCUACGGUGCGAAAUGUUCGCUUGGCAUGUUACAUCACAGCCUUUGUUGUUGGGUUGCUAGGCAACACAUUAGUCGCCGGCAUCAUCAUCAGAAAGCCCCGACGAUCGAUCCAUCACAUGUUCAUCCUUAAUCUGGCGAUAUCUGACCUCACAUACCUAGCAUUUUGCGUACCAAUCAGCACAUAUGAACUGUACGAACAAAUCUGGAAAAGGGAUUUCUUUUGUAGGUUUGUGUACCCUAUGCAAACACUUACGUACUUCACAAGUAUCUUCACAAUCACUUCCAUGGCAAUUCACCGGUGCUACGUGAUCGUCAAUCCUUAUAAGGCUAAGAUCAAGCACCGCACGGCUCAAGUGUGGAUUGUGAUGAUAUGGAUGGCCGCGCUGGUGAUAGUAAUACCUCUCGCGGUGGUGGCCACGCCCGUGGGAGGGCGGUGUAACGAAGUAUGGCCGAGUUUCGAUCACCGACGCGCGUAUACGGCCGCGUUAUUCCUGUUCCAGUUCCUACUGCCGCUAUUUCUUAUCGCGCUUGCCUAUAUAUGGAUCGGGGCCUACCUUAUAAAGAAUAAAGGUCCGCAAACUAUGAUAGGCAGUAGAAAAGCAGUAAGUCAUCAGUCGAGAAAGCGUCGGGAGAAUAUGCAGAUAAUCACGAGUCUGGCCGCGAUCGUCGUGUUGUUCACGCUGUGUAUGCUGCCCGGGCAAGUUGCUUGGAUGAUCAUGGACUUUGGUACCGCUGAACAGCAAGACGCGACUACAAUUCUCUUAAGAUUAUCAAACAUAUUAGACUUCUUCCACGCAUGCGUCAACCCGAUAGCUUACGGAUUACUGACGGACGCUUUCCGCAGCGACUACAAGCAGGUUUUUGCGGCGUUCAUAAAACUCGUUACAUGCGGACAGACAACGAUUUCCCCCGAUCGUGAUCUCGAGUGCACGAACAACCCCAACACACCUACGAUUCAUGUUCGACCGAUGUCUGCGGCUGGCGAAGUGAUAUCGAUUUAUUCUCGUAGUAGUUCGCCUAUUAGAUCACAAUCUGUUAUAACGAGUCUUCAGAAUGAAAGUCCGCAUCGCGAGAGCGUGUCGACCACGAACGAGACUACACUGCACGUGACGCGGGCUUACUCAGCAAGCCAGAACUCACUGUGAAAUGAUUACAGCCAGGCGCGUACCCAGGAUUUGCUGAGUAGGGGGGGUGGGGUAGUGCGCAGUCAUAGGUAUUAUAUGGAAAAAGCCUAGUAUUUGAAGAUUCAUUAAUAAGAAAUGACCCACUUUUUGGCCGCCAAAGGGGGGGGGGGGGGGGAGUUGUUGCGCGCAUCAAUCAUUUCAAGAUUAUACCGGAUAGAAAAGUUCUACCUCACGCGUUUUUGUAAGCGGGAGGAUCACACAUGCAAAGGCGCCAUUUUCAAGAUUUCACCACAGGCUCCCCAAGCUAAUGUUGUUUUUUACGUGUUUCAUUCAUAGUUACUGUAAAAUAUAUGGUGCAUUACAAUAAAAAAAAUGGGACGAAAAAUAUAAUAAAAUUCCUUCAAACUUUU